ACAGCCACCUACCGCGAGCCUCCCCACUCCUAUAUAUACAUCAUCACUCCCACUCUACCAAUUUGUGCCCAGAUCUCCAGAUCUCUCUAUACACUCACAUUCAUAUCUCUAUCAUUUCCGUGUAUCUACAGGAUUAAUGGAGUCCGAAGGUAUCUUAUUGGGCAUGGGAAAUCCCCUUCUCGACAUCUCUGCUGUUGUUGACAACGAUUUCCUCAACAAGUACGGAGUGACAUUGAACAAUGCCAUUCUUGCAGAAGACAAGCACUUGCCAAUGUAUGAUGAAUUGGCUAGUAAGAAAAAUGUGGAGUACAUUGCUGGAGGUGCAACUCAGAAUUCUAUAAGAGUAGCCCAGUGGAUGCUUCAAACUCCUGGUGCAACUAGUUUUAUUGGAUGCAUCGGAAAGGAUAAGUUUGGGGAGGAAAUGAAGAAGAACUCAAAACUUGCUGGACUUAAUGUUCACUACUAUGAGGAUGAAGCUGCACCCACAGGCACUUGCGCCGUUUGUGUUGUUGGUGGUGAGAGGUCAUUGAUUGCCAACUUGUCAGCUGCAAACUGCUACAAGUCAGAUCACCUGAAAAAGCCUGAAAAUUGGAGCCUUGUUGAGAAGGCCAAAUAUUUUUAUAUUGCUGGAUUUUUCCUCACUGUAUCUCCAGAAUCCAUUCAGCUUGUAGGUGAACAUGCUGCCGCAACAAAUAAGGUCUUUGCAAUGAAUCUCUCUGCUCCAUUUAUCUGUGAGUUCUUCAAAGAUGUACAAGAAAAAGCUCUAUCGUAUGUUGACUAUGUAUUCGGGAAUGAAACAGAAGCAAGAACUUUCUCGAAGGUCCAUGGUUGGGAGACUGAAAACGUUGAAGAGAUUGCCAUAAAGAUUUCUCAAUGGCCAAAGGCAUCAGGAGCACAUAAAAGGAUUACCGUCAUAACUCAGGGUGCAGAUCCAGCAGUUGUUGCCGAGGAUGGGAAGGUUACACUGUUCCCUGUAAUCUUGUUACCCAAGGAGAAACUGGUUGAUACCAAUGGUGCAGGUGAUGCAUUUGUUGGAGGAUUUUUGUCUCAGUUGGUCAAACAAAAGCCGAUCGGAGAAUGUGUGCGAGCUGGUUGCUAUGCAGCAAAUGUUAUCAUCCAAAGAUCUGGUUGCACUUACCCGGAGAAGCCAGAUUUCAAAUAGAUUUAUUUAUCAUUCAUCUUUGUAUGAGGGCUUUUGUUUACAGCUUGUGACAAUUUACUGAAUUAUAAGCUCCUGAACCCAUAUAUGUGGUGAAGGACGCCUUUUCUUUGAA